CUGACGCACACUUUCACUUCGCACGAGUUGUUUACAAUCACAAAUGUUGGUUUUUAUUUUUAAUAGUUCUUGUGUCCUAAUAUGUUAAGCAUUAUCAGUUUUUAAUUUAAAUUUUUACAGUUUAUUAAUAUAGGAAGUUUCAGAAUGGAUUCCUGUGCUAAUGUAGAAAAAGAGAUUGAGAAAGUGUUGAGUAAAUUUGGUGCAUUUAAUGACCAUGUAUGGCGGACACUAACAGAACUUAUUGAAUAUGUGCAAGGCAUUCAGAGAGAAUUUAUGGAAGCACCCCAAACAAAUGAUAUAACACCUGCUCAAGCUCUUAUUCUCACUCAAUGUGCAAAAAAAGUGAAAGACGUGGUUGCUGCUAUGGCUACUGAACAUAGAGAUCUACAUGGAACAGUAUCCAAAGUUGGAAAAGCUAUUGAUAAAAAUUUUAUUGCUGAUUUUGCUACCACAAGCAAUGAAAAUGUGUUCCAGAGUCCUGAGAAUGUGAAAUUGCUGAAUCAGGUUAUAAGCGAACAUUUUCUCAGGCAAGGAAUGCUUGAAAUCGCUGAAGAGUUAAUUAAAGAAACAGGCCUCCAAAUGGAACAGAACAAAAGGGAACCAUUCUCAGAAUUAAACAGAAUACUAGAUGCAUUAAAGAGAAGAGAUUUGGAACCUGCUCUUUUCUGGGCUCAAUCAAAUAGGAAGAAAUUGUUGGAACAAAACAGUUCUUUGGAAUUCAGACUUCAUAGAUUACAUUUUAUUGAUUUAUUACAACAAGGAAUAUUUAAGCAAGAAGAAGCUAUAAGUUAUGCUCGAAAGAAUUUUCAGCAUUUAGCAAUACAACAUGAAAAAGAUAUCCAAGUUCUAAUGGGAAGUCUUUUGUACUUAAGACAAGGAGUUGAAAAUUCACCGUACAGUUAUCUGUUAGAUCCGAUACAUUGGGCUGAAAUCUGUGAUAUUUUUACUAGAGAUGCCUGUGCUUUACUUGGUUUAUCUGUGGAAAGUCCGUUGGCAGUUUGUACUAAUGCUGGCUGCAUAGCUUUACCAGCUCUGUUAAAUAUAAAGCAAGUAAUGCAGCAGAGGUUAGUUACAGGUGUAUGGAAUACAUGUGAUGAGUUACCUAUUGAAAUUGACCUUGGGAGGAAAUGUCAUUUUCAUUCCAUCUUUGCUUGUCCCAUCUUGAGACAACAGACUUCUGAAAAUAAUCCUCCUAUGCGACUUGUUUGUGGUCAUGUGAUAUCUAGGGAUGCCCUUCAUAAAUUAGCUAAUGGAAAUAAACUGAAAUGUCCUUAUUGUCCAGUGGAACAAAAUCCAUCUGAUGCAAGACUGAUUCAUUUUUAAGCAAUUUGAGCUACAUAUUAAUAUAAUGCAAAAGAAAAUGCUAUUCAUUAGUAACGCUGAGGACUAUUUUUGGAAGUGUAGCACUGUAGAAAAGUGCUAAGGUGUAUGAUAUUGUAUUUUAGGUGUAAUUGUCUUGCUUUAAGAAUUAAAAGAUUUAUUUUGUAUCUUUUA